AAGCGCCCCGGUGGUAUCGUCCGCUCCCCGGAAACGCCGGCGACAGAAGUAACCCGGUGUACCAGAAACAGGUGGAACUGAUUUGUCAGCCCAAGUGUAAGUGGUGUCCACACUGAGGAACAGUCUGCACCAUCUCUCAGUCAUCAGUAACGCUGGACAAGCUUAAUCUCUUAGAGUUGAAUGGACAAGGCAGCCAGAAGUACACAGCUCAGCUAGUGAAGCCCACUAAAGGUUCAGUGAUGCCUGUGAAGAAGAAGAGGAAGAAUCCUGAUGCAGAUGAUAAUGAGCGCAAGUGUAAAAUCACAAGUUUCACCCGACCUCAGAUCCGAGGUGCGAGGCCCGUCAUCGUUGAGAAGCUGUUCUCCAAUAAGAAGUGCCUGGCCUGGUUCCAGGCGUACGCCGGCCCCGACAAGGUGGUCGGUCCGGAGGCCAUGGAGAAGUUCUGUGAAGACAUCGGCGUGGAACCAGAGAAUAUCAUCAUGUUGGUGCUAGCCUGGCAUCUAGAAGCAGCAAGUAUGGGAUUCUUCACAAAAGAGGAGUGGCUCAGGGGAAUGACGUUAUUACAGUGUGACUGCACGGAGCGGUUACAGAGCAAACUGGAUUACCUGCGCGGUGAGCUCAACGACUCUGUAGUCUUCAAAAACGUCUUCAGAUACGCCUUCGACUUCGCCAGGGAUAAGGACCAGAGGAGUUUGGACAUGGACACGGCUAAAUCUAUGCUGGCCUUGCUGCUGGAGACAACAUGGCCACUCUUCCCAGUCUUCCACCAGUUCCUGGAGCAGUCCAAGUACAAAGGGAUGAACAAGGACCAGUGGUAUAACGUUCUGGAGUUCAGCAGGACCAUCAACACAGACCUCAGUAACUACGAUGAAGACGGAGCUUGGCCAGUGCUGCUAGACGAGUUUGUGGAGUGGCAGAAGACUUGGUCGGCAUCGUAGCGGAUGAAGUCACAACACCAAAAAAAGGAGAAGAGGGGAGAGAAAACAGAAACCACAGAACGCUGCAGGAACUCUGUAUUGUUUGAGCGAAAAGGGAAAAACCUGCAGUUUGAGAUCUCACUUUGACAAACUUUAACAACUCGCACACAAAUAUGGACUAGUGAAUCAUCCCCAUGUGGGAACAUGCCUUUCUCUCUCUGAGUCACUUUUAUGGUGUUAAUUUUGAGAAAAGAAAAUAUUCUUAAGAUAAAAACACAAACACAAAAAAAUGAACGGAGAGGAGAGUUGUGGAAUUUACGUUUUCUUAAUAACUAUUUUUUCCAUUUUGUGUCUUGUUUAUAGAUGUUUUCACAGUAAUAAAAAGGAAAUGGAAGUAUGACGUAGUAAUUGGUAUAACACUUUAAGUACACUCUUGUUUCCUGGUAACUUGUAAUGCAGUAUCUGCUUCCUCAAGAAGACUUCAUGAAGCGCCAGCUGAGCCCCGUUUCAGAACCCUCGGUUAACCGCGAGAUGAGGGGAACUUUUCUUUAACAAACCCUAGAUCACACAAAUGGGGACUUUAUUUAUCUAAUUAUGUGAUUUAUGAAGAUAAUUUGUAGCACCAAAUCUUAUUUACGGGCGUCAUUAUUAAAAUUAAUUCAUCUUUUUAUUUAUUAGAAAAUACUUUUUAUUUCACUAAACCAAUUUGGACUAUUUUGUGUUGCUCUAUUACAUAAAGUUCAAAUAUAAAUCCAUUUUAAUUCCAGGUUUCAAUGCAACAAAACUCCAAGGGGGUGAACACUGUA